AUGCAAUCAUAUCUAUAUCAAUCAUUAAAAGAUCAAUAUUCAAAAAUAAUUGAUAUUUUUACAGAUCAAAAAAUUUUAAUUAAAAAUGUUCAAGAAAUAAUUGAUAUGCUAGAAAAAGAAAACGAUAUUUUUCUUAUCUUUAAUAAAUCACAAAAAUCCUUACGUGACUUAACUAAAGAAUCGCCAUCUUUCUUACGUUUUCAAUUGUUAAAAGAUGUCUUAUUAAAUCUUGAAGAUACACAAUUAGAUGAAUCAAAAAAAGAAAUGGUGAAUACAUGUAAAAUAUUUUAUCAAAAUGAUAAAACAAAAAACUAUUUAAACGAUAUCGAAAAAUUUUCAUGUUCAUAUGAAAGUAAAGAUGUAUUUCGUUGGUAUACAAAAGAUAGUUUUGUCUACAAGUUAUUAAAUAAAGCAUUAAGAACAGAAGAUCCCGAAGCAUUAUACGCAUUUCGCUAUUAUAUUAAUGAUCUAUGUGCUAAACUUAAAAGUGAAUAUCAAAUAUUGAAGGAAAUGUCCGAUGAAUGGGGAGUUGAAAGCCUUACACUCUAUCGUGGCUUACAUUUAUCAAAAGUAGAAAUUAAACGAUUAAAACAAAACAAAAGAAAUUUAAUAUCAACAAGUCUUAGUAAAGAUACUGCUAAAGCAUUUGCUGGUGAAGGAACAAAAGCAUCAAUCAGAGGCGAUGUUGAGGCCGUUAUUUACGAAAUUACAGUGAACUUUACUAUAAACGCAGGUUACUUCGCUGAUAUUCAUGCACACAGUAACAUACCAGGAGAACAAGAAUAUCUAUUUGAUCUGGAUGUAUCAUUUGAAAUCGGCGAUGUUUCUUUUAAUAAAGAUGAACAAAUUACAUAUGUUCAAUUAACAGCUACUAAUUAA